AGAAGGUUUGAAGGCGAAGGCGAAGGCUAACAAAAUUCACAUAUUGCGUUUUUGAUAUAAACUCUGGCUCUGACUCAAUAAUAACUUAUUGACUUGGUUUUCCGAGCGCACUCACUGACUGAAACACAGAGAGAGAGAGAGAGAAGAGAAGAGAGAGAUGGCUAUGAACGGAGCUGGCGCCGCAGCAGCAGCAGCAGCCUAUAAUCCUCGCACCGUUGAAGAGGUUUUCCGAGAUUUCAAGGGCCGCCGGACUGGCUUGAUCAAGGCUCUAACCACUGAUGCUGAAGAGUUCCAUCAGCAGUGUGAUCCUGAGAAGGAGAAUCUUUCCUUGUAUGGAUACCCUAGUGAGCAAUGGGAAGUCAACUUACCUGCUGAAGAAGUGCCUCCGGAGCUGCCAGAGCCUGCACUGGGUAUCAACUUUGCAAGAGAUGGUAUGGCAGAAAAGGACUGGCUAGCUUUGGUUGCUGUCCACAGUGAUGCAUGGCUACUUUCUGUUGCCUUCUAUUUUGGAUCCAGAUUUGGGUUCGAUAAGGUUGAUAGGAAGAAACUUUUUAGCAUGAUAAAUGAACUUCCAACAAUAUUUGAAGUUGUGACUGGUACUGCAAAGAAGGAAGUAAAGGAGAAGCCAUCUUCAAACCACGGUAGCAACAAAUCCAAGUCAAACUCCAAAGCGAGAGGAUCAGAAUCCCAAGCAAGACAUUUGGAAGUGCUGCCAGCAAAAGAUGAAGAUGAGGGGUUAGACGAAGAUGAGGAAGACGAACAUGAAGAAGAGACUUGUGGAGCUUGUGGCCGAGGCGGGCCAUCUUCAUUAGAUGAACCCUGGAUUUUGUGUGAUUUCUGUGAGACGUGGUUCCACAUGAAGUGUGUGAAGGUGACCCCUGCAAAAGCAAAGCAGAUUAAGCAGUACAAAUGCCCUUCAUGCAGCAACAAGAGGGCUCGCCCAAUGUAGUUUUCUUCUAAUGGCUUUUUUCUAGUCGUAAACAUACUUUCAGAACACAUUAGUGAUAGCUUGUUGUUUAUUAUUAUAAAACGUUUGACUGUUUAAUGUUUUUAUGUAAUUCUUAGCAUUUUAGUACUGCAAUGCAUUGCUAAAUUCUUAAGUAUAAA